AUGAAAAGGGGUUUCGAUGCCUAUGGGCCUGCAGGAGGCGCUCCUAAGACUAUGCGCGCUGGCCCAAUCGUGGCACUGAAGAUGCUCGUGUCCCCCAAGGAAGCCGGCACCUUGAUCGGGAAAGGCGGCGCAACGCAAAGACAGAUCUCGGAAAUCACGGGGUGCAACCUUCAUCUCAGCGGCAUGAAUGAGCUCUACCCAGGAACUCAGAUGCAGGAGGUCUGUAUAAAAGCCGACUACCCUGAUGCCGUGGCAAAUGGAGUGCUGCAAAUCCUGGCGAAGCUGUCAGAAGAGACGGGCAAGGUGAUGGGUGGUGAGUGGGAGGUUGAAGAUGGCGGUGCCAGAGUCCAUUUCAUUGUUCCCACGAGUGCUGCCAGAAAUGUCAUUGGAAAAGGUGGAGAGAAUAUCAAGGCCUUGCGCCAGGCCUCUGCCAUGAAGGUGCAUGUCGAAGAAAUGGUCCUUGGCAACGGCGAUGCUGCGGAGCAAGUCGUUUCUCUUGCUGGCCCGCUCAUGAACAUGCAGACUGCGCUGCCUAUGAUUUUGGAGAAGGUUGCGGAGCUUUCUACGCAGCCAUGGUUUGGCAACUGGGCCUUUAGCUGUCUGGCUGCAGGAGGAGACCUGUCUGGGAAAGGCAAGGGUGAUGGAGGCAAAGCGAAGGGCAUGGACACAGGCUACGGAGGCUGCAACUACAAGGGUGGGCCCACGGGUGGCUUCAACGGUUACAAGGGCGGAGGCGGCGGGGGCGGCGGAGGUUGUGGCUUCGCUGAUGGCUACCAGAAGGGCAAGAGCAAGAGGGACGGCUCUGACGGCUUCAGCUCAGGCAAAGGUGGCAGAGAUUAUCCUUCACAUGGAACUGGAGCAGCCGCGACGCAGGAGAAUAUUGACAUGCUGUCAACUGCUGUUUCAGCGAUGCCCCCAAGCUUGGCAAAUUCAAACGACAGAUCGCAAGUGCUCCAAUUCAACUGUCCGGCUGCUUAUGUCAGUGCGCUUAUUGGCAAGGCAGGCAUGGGCACGAAGCACAUAGCAGUAACAACAGACACAAAGAUAAUGAUCAGAGAGAUCGAUGGCAACCAAGCCGAAAAGACCGUGGUCAUCAAGGGCAACGCUGUCAAUGUGGCCUCCGCAUACCUGAAUGUUGCCAGCCGCCUUUCCAACAUCGCGCAGACCCUCGAAUCUAGAGAGGCUGCAGCGGAUGAUGCCAAUGCCAUCUUGGCUGGCUUGUAA